UCCUGCAGUAGCUCGUACCGGAUCUAGAAAUAAUAAUUCUACAUAAAGGCACAGAUCUCGUUUCUUGCGACAGAAUAAAUUGCGGGAAUGCUAAUCCUCAAUUUCUUUGUUGGCGUCGUCACCGUGACGUCGGUCGGAGCUGCGUCGCCCAAGAAUCACUAUGCAUUCGCCGGCGGAGAGAGUUACCCAAACUGCGGCCUAAUUGGUUCGAACCGCCGCAGCACGUCCCUAGACAAAAACGACGCGACGCCAGGCCAAAAUGCGUACCACGCCAACCUCGUAUUUUCCAACUUCAAAUCGAAAUACUUGAAGAAGGAGCCGUGCAGCGGAACUCUGAUCUCCAAGCGCGCCGUCCUCACGUCUGCAAAUUGUCUUUUCGCUGGCAGCAAGCGGCUUGCCACAAACAACAUCAAGGUGACCUUGGGAGCUUAUGAUCUCUCCAAACCGAUCGAGCAGUCCAGGCAAACGGUCACGCCGGCGGAGAUAGUGGUUCAUCCGAAUUAUAACCGCAGCUUUGAGCACAACCUGGGCAUUCUCAUCUUUGAGGAAUCAGCCAUCACACUCUCAGAGCACGUGAAGCCCGCUUGCUUGUGGCACGGGGACUUUGAUAUUGCAAAGUCGGCAAACUCUGUCGGAGAAGUGGUUGGUUGGGGAAUUGGAUCAGACUCGUCCCAAAUUGACAGACUGCAAAUGAACCAUCUCAGGGUUGCCAUCCUUGAAGAGUGUGGAAAUACAACCAAGCCAACGGAGAUUUUUUGCGUGGCUCAUACAAAUGAUCCUGAGGGCUGCGCCUACGAUGAUGGAGUUGGUUUCAUCCUCACUAAGGACGAGAAAAAGUACCUGAGAGGAGUUUUCAUUCACGGUCUUCUGCCAGACGAUAAAAAGUACACCGCUAAGAAGUCGAAAAUUUGCUUCCCCUCUCGGCGACCUGUGGUGUCAGACCUUGAUAGCUCCAUGGACUGGAUUGUAAACACGGUCCCUGAUAUUUCUCGACAGUAGUGAACUAUUUGUCAUGGUCCUUACCUGACGAUAUUUCUAAUAAAACAAUUUAAAGUGGAAUGAUACUGGGCAACAAUUGAAAAUUAUGUAAAUUGUUGGAUGCCUUAAACAAUUGAUCGAUAAACAAUUUGUUCGACAAUUUGCAAUAAUAAAAAACGACCUUCCUACAGUAAAAA